GCCCCGCCCCUUUCCCCGGGUCCUUUGAUCACGCGCCUCCAGCCUCUUCCGGGGCCCGGGAGCCAAGCGAGGGCGUUCCUGUCGGGGCUGCAGCGCCGGGAGGAGACACAGGGAAGACGAUGUCCAGGCUGUAUGUCUGGAGCGACACCAGGGACGAGGAGGACACGUACAGCCUAUACCGUAGCCUGAAGAGUGGGGACUGGAUCAGGACUGAGAUCCAGGAGCCCAGUGGAGGCGCCCUCCCGAGGCACUGCCCAUGCUGACUACACAGUCCUCCAGCUGCUGAUGUCAUGAGUAACACCACAGUGCCCAAUGCCCCCCAGGCCAACAGCGACUCGAUGGUGGGCUAUGUGUUGGGCCCUUUCUUCCUCAUCACCCUGAUUGGGGUGGUGGUGGCUGUGGUAAUGUACGUCCAGAAGAAAAAGCGGGUGGACAGGCUUCGCCAUCACCUGCUCCCCAUGUACAGCUACGACCCCGCUGAGGAGCUGCACGAGGCUGAGCAGGAGCUGCUCUCUGACGUGGGAGACCCGAAGGUGGUGCACGGCUGGCAGAGUGGCUACCAGCACAAGCGGAUGCCCUUGCUGGACGUCAAGACCUGACACCCUCACCUUCAGAACCAUGGGGUCCUGCCGCCUGCUGCUUCCCCUCCCACCUGCCCACCCAGCCCCCUGCUGGGCACUGGGUCUCCAC